AUGAAAGAGCUACAGAAGAUAUUACAACAGCUACCGUGCAAGACGCGUCUAUCCCUGUCAGGGACGCUAAUUGUUGCUCGAGAUAUUGCGCAUGCUAUGCUUCUUAAAAAGUUAAAUGAAGAAGGCGAUCUCCCGGACUAUUUCAAGCAACAUCCUAUCUAUUAUGCUGGACCUGCGAAGACACCCGAAGGGAUGAUAAGCGGCUCCUUCGGCCCAACAACAGCGGGUCGAAUGGAUAUGUAUGUGCCGAAGUUUAUGUCGAAGGGUGCAUCUUUAAUUACUUUAGCGAAAGGAAAUAGAAGCAAAGAAGUUGCUGAUGCAUGCAAACAAUAUAAAGGUGUCUAUCUCGGAGCUAUCGGGGGACCCGCUGCUAUCAUAGCACAAAAUUGCAUCAAAGAUGUACAGCUCGUCGAAUAUCCUGAACUAGGAAUGGAGGCUAUAUGGCGGAUCCGCGUCGAGGAUUUCCCUGCGUUUGUGGUUAUCGACAGCAACGGAAAUGACUUCUAUAGAAACUGGAUCCCUUAUGAAUAA